GUCAGUGCUGACAGUUGCUUGUGAACAGACUGAAGUUCUGCUUUUUGACCCUAUUUCUUCAAAGCACAUAAAAACCCUUUCUGAAGCGCACGAAGACUGUGUGAAUAAUAUCAGAUUUCUUGAUAAUCGGCUAUUUGCUACCUGCUCUGAUGAUACUACAAUAGCACUAUGGGAUCUGAGAAAAUUGAACACCAAAGUAUGCACUUUACAUGGUCACACUAGCUGGGUGAAGAACAUCGAAUAUGAUACUAAUACAAGACUCUUAGUAACAUCAGGAUUUGAUGGAAAUGUCAUUAUUUGGGACACUAACAGGUGUACAGAAGAUGGGUGUCCACAUAAGAAAUUCUUUCAUACACGUUUUCUCAUGCGAAUGAGAUUAACACCAGAUUGUUCCAAAAUGUUGAUCUCAACAUCCUCUGGAUAUCUCUUGAUUUUGCACGAUCUGGACUUAACUAAGUCUUUAGAAGUAGGCAGCUAUCCCAUUUUGAGAGCAAGAAGAACUACUUCAAGUUCAGAUUUGACCACUUCAUCAAGUUCUGGUUCUAGAGUUUCUGGUUCCCCUUGUCAUCACAGUGAUUCUAACUCAUCUGAGAAACACAUGUCACGAGCCUCUCAACGAGAAGGAGUUUCACCACGAAAUAGUCUUGAAGUCUUAACCCCUGAAGUUCCUGGUGAGCGAGACCGUGGAAACUGCAUCACAUCCUUACAGCUGCAUCCCAAAGGCUGGGCCACCCUUCUUCGGUGCUCAAGCAACACUGAUGAUCAGGAGUGGACUUGUGUCUAUGAAUUCCAAGAAGGAGCUCCAGUGCGACCUGUCUCACCUCGCUGUUCCCUGCGUCUGACUCAUUACAUCGAAGAAGCCAAUGUAGGCAGGGGCUACAUCAAAGAACUUUGCUUCAGCCCUGAUGGACGAAUGAUUUCUUCCCCACAUGGCUAUGGGAUUCGCUUGUUGGGAUUUGACAAACAGUGCAGUGAGCUUGUUGACUGUUUACCCAAAGAAGCCAGUCCUCUACGGGUGAUUCGCUCUCUGUACUCUCAUAAUGAUGUGGUCCUGACAACAAAGUUCUCUCCAACACAUUGUCAGAUUGCCUCAGGGUGCCUUAGUGGACGGGUCUCUUUGUAUCAGCCAAAGUUUUAGGCACAACUUACAUCAAAUAAGGAACUCUUCUGGUGUUUGGCUUAUGAAUUACUUCAAUUUAGGUGAAGUAUUUUCUUUUUUAGAAGAUCUUAUAAGUUUGGGUCAAGAUCUUGUUCUUAUAGGUUGGUGAACACAUAUGUGACCCAAGUAUUUGGCCAUCUGGCAUCAUCCGGGCAUCUCCAUUUCGACCAUGCAGCAUCGUUCUGUCAGCAUUCCUUUGCUCCUGCUGUCUGUGCCACUGAGCUUGGGUAUUCCUGGUCAUUUUGCAUGUGGCUCUUGUUCUUUCUCCCAUCCCUGUUUCCACCACUCCUCCAUGCCUCCCUUCCUCUUUUUUGAUUUUGGUAUGAAUUUUGUGAACAUUUGACAAGAGUCAUGGUUGGGAUGAGGAAAAACCUGUGGCACUAGUACUAAAUAAAACCCAGAAGCUGGAUGUUGGCACACCAGUUGUUGAAAAAAGAAAGUUCAUCUUCAUUUAUCAGUACAUUUGGCCUUUAAAGUUGCUGUCAAAUAUUGAGCACAGAUAAUGGCGUUAUUCUCAUAAAUGAUACUCUUGCAACAAAAUAUCUUUUUUAAAAUUUCCUGUUAAAAUUACACAAGUUAUCUCAUGUGAGAUUUUUGUUGUGAAAUUCUAGAAAAAUAUUAUAACUUCUUUGUAAUUUAUUUACUUGUAUGAAUUUAAAAUCUCCAGCAUGUGUCUUUGUUAUUUUGUUCCUAUCCUCAGCAUUGGAAAGCAAAGGAAAAGGAAUAAGCUCAGUCACUUCCAUUGUCCAGAAGAGUUCAUUAGGUUGGUGCAGUGUCUGUCCAUAGAAUGAGAAGGUGAAUGUGGCUUAGAUUGGCUGUGGUUCUUUGAAUCACACAGAUGAGUUGUUCUAGUAAUGGGGUGGAGGAGACAAAUAUUUUAUUGUUGUUCCUUCAGCCAGAGAUCAUAAGCUCAGCUCUCACCAUUAGUAAGAAGGGAGCUGUAGUCCUUUUUAAGCUGUUGUCAUAAAAGUCAUGGUCUGACUUGAGUAGCACUGUCUUAUGUUUGGUUAUGGAAAGUAUCAGGCAAGGUGUGAAAGCAAAGUUACUCCUGUCUUGAAUGGGCAAUAUCCUUCCAGUCUCUGAUACAUUGAUUGGCACUGUGUUGAGAUAUGCUAGAAGCUGGACAAUUUAAGCCAUGCAGUAGCCUUGCUCUCUUUGGUCACAUGCCUUUUAAGCCAGUGUUUCUCAAAUAUUAGGAUGCAGUAUAAUCCUUGAAGGAUUUGUGAAAAAUGCAGGAAUCGGCCUGACCUUAGAAGACUGAUUUAGGCAGGGAAAGGACAGGACUCCAUUUAAACAGAAUCAUAAUCAUCUGUAUCCAGGUGGCCUCCAGGUCAUAGCUUGAAAACACAACCUGAAAUUGCAGUAGGUAUUUCUGUAUCCACUUGGUGCUUAACACAAUUCCCACAAGAUGUUUCAACUAUUUAAAUAGUAAUAAUAAUAAAUUAACAAUAGCAAUUUUAGGGCAGAAAAAUAACUUGAAAUGGUAUUCAUUUCAUUGUUGGACAAAUGAAAGAAGUUAAAUGAUUUGCCUAACAUCAUACAAAGUUAGUGAUAAAGUCAGGGCUUCAAUUCAAGUCUCUUAAUUCCUUGCCCAGGGCAGUUUCUACUGUGUUUAUGCUGGCUGUUAAAAACAUCAGUGACUAUGGGCAUUUUGUCUUUAGAUUAUAUUGUUGUGAAUAAAAUGAUCAGAUUGAAAAAGGCAGGUAUGGUAGUAGAUGCUGACAGUUUUACCUAUAGUAAAAAAAAAAAAGUUUUAAUACUUACAGAAAUAUUUAAACAGCCCAAAUACAUGAAUAAAUACACAGUUCUCUAUAGUGUCCAUUAGCCACUCUAGGACAAUCUUUAAAAAUUAGGUCUUCUUGCCGGCAUUGGUAGCUCUUGCCUUUAAUCCCAGCACUUAGGAGGCAGAGGCAGGUGAAUUUCUGUGAGAUCGAGGCCAGCCCUGUCUACAGAGCUAGUUCCAGGACAGCCUCCAAAGUAAUACAGAGAAAGCCUGUCUCAAAAAAACAAAAAACAAACGAAAAUUAGAUCUUCUUAUCAUAGAUGUUGGAAAAGCUGGAAAUUUUGUAGUCGUUGAAAAAACAACAAAGCACACUGAAAACCAUAGACUUGCUUCCAUAGCUUUGAAAAAAACUUCCCCAAAGAGAAUAGUUUAGAAGGAAAAUAUUACAAUUAAAACUACCACAAUUACAAACUAUUAAGUAUAAAGAUUAAAUUGACAUUCAAAAGAAGAUUCCAUAAAUGUUAACAGUUUGGAAAGAGUUCUGUAUCAGAUGGUAUGCCCACAUGUCACCUAAGUCAAGCCAGGGGUUCUUGAAUCAUUGUUUUUGAAUACCUACUAUGUGUUAAAGAAUGUGUCUGCUUUGCUACUGACCCCUAUAAAGACCUCUUACAAGGUAGGUGGAAUAAGCCUCAGAUCAUGUUGAAGGUAGCAGUGGGUCAGAAAAAUGAAGUGACUUGCCUGAAGCCAGUUGGUGGUGGCAGCACUGGAUUCAGAUCCAUGUUUGCCUGUUUAUUUAUCACUAAGUCUGUACUUACUCCUCUACCAUUUUGCCCCUUGGUUCAUGAAGGAUGAGCUAUACUGGUCUGUUAAUUUAUGUGCUCAGUAUCUUCUGCAAAUUUUUAUUACAAGGCUGGCCUCAUUCCCUUCACAACUGCGUAAAAGAACAUUGCAAGCACUGAUGUUUCCAUGAGACUAAAGAUCUUAACCCCAGGCAUACACGUGAAAAAUUAAGCAGGACAACCACUUGUGAUUUUGAAAAAAUGUAGAGGAUAGUCAGCUUUGUGUGAAAGCAAAGCCACAUAGAUGAGAACUGAAAAGAACCAGCAAACAUAGCAAGGAGCCUUUGCUCUCUCUGAGGUAUAGUCAAGGGUCAAGACAAAAAUCAGACAGUAUUAACCAAGAAUUGAAGGGCCUCAGAAAGCCUAUGCUAUUGAAAAAAGAUACAUAUUACCAUCUUAAGGUCCCAUUUUAACAGUCUAAAAAUCUGGUAUUUUUUACUGUUUUAUUAAAUCAUCUUAAUUGUUAA